CAUCGUGCAUUGCCGUCACACAACUAAAAUACCUUGAUCUUGUGUUUAUUGUGCCAUUCAUAUAUUUUAUUUUGCGUAAACCCGUUAUGUGCUGUUAUCGCGACAUACAUUGACAGACAUUUUUGCCCUCUUGCGGAAGGAUCCCCCAUCAGGCAUCGCCACAACAUCAGAUUAUGUCGCUGGCCAAAGAAAUUUCUGUGUCAAGUGAGGAAGCUAUUGAUCCAGGGGAUGUCGAGGAGAUUGACGUCGUUUCUAUGGACACCAAAUCGAGCGAGGAGGUGAAGGCUGAGGUCACCGCCUCGGAGCAGACCUCGCCUGUGGUCGUCGCAGAGCCCCCUGAGGACCCUACUACACCCCAGGACACCGACCCGCAGUGUUAUUGUAACAGACCCAAGGAGGGCCUGAUGCUGCAGUGUGACAUGUGCAAGAGGAGAUUUCACAUGGGUUGCCUGAAGACGGGGAACCCCAGCACGCUUGAUGGCGACUCUUACUUCACCCUGAGGUGUGAGGGUUGUAGUCAUACCCAUGAGGAGGUGGUUGCGCGGAUGAAGCUCACGUGGCAACAGGUGGUCAUCUUGGCUCUCUACAACCUCGGCCUCAAGAAGAGCGGUCGCAAGGGGUUCUUCCGAUGGAAGGAGGACAUCUGUGAAUUCAUUUCCCAGCACUGGACGCUGAUUUUUGGCAACAGCAAAGCCAAGACCCAGACGUGGCACGGUACAGUGGCCGGGGUCCUCUCCGUCAGCAACAAGUCCCUCUUCAAGUCGGGUGUAUCCGAGUUCGGUGAGGCAGGAUGGUGGUCCCUCAUUGAGAUGAAACCACCAGAGCUGAAACCGGAGGUGCCUCCUGGUGUUGGGAAGCAGUAUGCAGCUGGCAGGAAAACCAAGGUUCCCUUUGAACCAACCAUUAAGGUGGAGGGGUUGAGGAACAGGAAGAGGGGAACGUCUGUUGAGUCGGCUAUUGAACUCAAGGAAAAAAGAAGCAGAACACAGGAGGCCAAGGACAUCCGCAGGGCUAAGCAGGCUAUCGCCAGCGAGGAGCUCACCAAGAAGGUGAAACUCCAGAGGGAGUUGGACAUCGACGACAGCAGCAUGGACAGCUUUGGCAGCGAGAGCUUUGGGCUACCUCCCUCUGUUCCCGACUCGCCCUCUGUCCUGAGCUUACUGGGAGGUGACAACAGCUCUGACUUCCUCCUCUCCAACCUCCUGAACGAAAGCGAUCUUACUCCGGCAGAGACCAUACCCUCGGCCUUGAUGGCAGGGGACGAGGAGGAGUUCAUCCCCCCCUCCAAGGGCAUCCCACUGUUCCGCAUCCCCACCCCAGUGCCCAGCAGCCAGGGAAGCAAUGGCUCCACGGCCACUGACAAGGAAAGUGAGGCCGACAAGGACGGGGAGCCCAAGGCCGUGCCAGGCGACACCAGGGCCGAGACCGUCUCCAAGGCGCUGACCCGGAGGUCAAAGGCCGCCGAGGUCAGAGCGGACGAGAAGCCGGAGGAAGGGCCCAAAUACCUCCCAAUGAGUGUGUAUGAGGAAAAACAGUUACUCCGAGUACUUGAGUCCUGCUCUCAGGCCGUAGACAAGAACCCAGCGGCUAGGCGGCUCAGGCGAAAGCUACUGGUCAGGCAGGAGAAGCGAAACCUGGGCUUGCCGCUGUUUGACUUGGACGCCACCGUGCAGCAGAUCCUCCAGCGGGUCACCGGCAUCAAGCCCACCUCCAUCUCUGACCUCUUGCUGACUCAGAGCCCCCUGCGACACCUCAGCCCGUCCAAGGUGUCGUCCAGCCACGACACCGGAGAUUAUCGCAUUCUAGAUCGCUUCCAGAUGCCCAAUACUGUUGUACGUGCCCAACAGCGCCACCACACGUCCUUCCGGGCCCGGCUGGUCGGUUGCGACGAGGUGGCCAUGAUGCAGAGUAUCAUAUCUCCGUACACAUCCAGGGUGCUGAAACCCUUCAUCAGGAGGGACUACGAGUCACGCCCCACCAAGCUCCGGUUGAUGGGGGAGAUCAUGCAGCAUCGGAAGCAGUGUGACCCUAGCUUCACGCCCCAGCCCCUGGCGCCUAUCGACUACUGCUACCUCCGACCCCAGCACAUCCCCUCUGUCAACAGCCUGUGCCGGGAGUUUUUCUGGCCAGGAAUAGACUUGUCGGAGUGCCUCCAGUACCCGGACUUCAGUGUGGUGGUCCUCUAUCGCAAGGUGGUCAUUGGUUUUGGCUUCAUGGUGCCAGAUGUCAAGUUCAACGAGGCCUACAUCUCCUUCCUCUUCGUGCACCCAGAGUGGAGGGGUGUGGGCAUCGGAACUUUCAUGGUGUACCAUCUGAUACAGACAUGCAUGGGCAAGGACGUCACCCUUCAUGUCUCGGCCACCAACUCGGCCAUGCUCCUGUAUCAGAAGUUUGGUUUCAAGCCCGAGGAGUUCAUCUUGGACUUCUACGAGAAGUACUACCCCCAGGACAGUCGGGAGUGCCGGCAUGCCUUCUUCCUGAGGUUGAGACGGUGACAAGGGUUAGGAAGAGAAGAUGGUGGUAAAGACGAGGAAGGAGGGGUGAUGGUGGUGAGGAUGAGGAAGUGAGAGGUGAUGGUGGUGAGGAUGAGGAAGUGAGAGGUGAUGGUGGUGAAGAUGAGGGAGGAGGGGUGAUGGUGGUGGCGAUAACGAAGCGAGGAAAAAUGGUUGUGAAGAUGAGGGGUGAUGGUGGUGAAGACAAGGAAAGUGAGUGACAAUGGUGGUGAAGAUGAUGAUGUUGGUGUGACAACGGGAUGACUGGUUCAAAGUGCCCCUUGCUGACUUGGCACUAGUUUAAUCAUGUGGGCUGUCAUUAGAGGGUUUUCGUGGCUGCCAUCUUGCAGGCCAGUGCUUUUGUUCUGCAGAAUAUGCGCAAACAGGGUGCAUUCAAGCGAGGUACUAGCGUUAAUACGAGUAUACUCCUGAGUACUUGAAUGGCUGUAGUACGAUCUGCACUUCAGUGAGCGUAUACUCUCGCUAGCGGGGGAGUAUACUCCUGCACCUGAGUGUAAUGCGUACGAAUCCUACUUGUAUAAACAGGAGUAGUCACGCGAACGCACCCAAGAGGUUUCUCUGUGGAACAAAGAACUGCACUGUAAGACGACUUCCAUGCACAGCCUCUAUAACAACAUCCUUGAAGACAACUGUAUUCAAGUUAAUGCGCGACUCGGUUCUCAAUUGCUUUUGUCAGUGUCUCAAAAAAAGUCGUCCAAAAAUUGAAAGCACUUGUAUUAUGAAACCCAGUAAUGUUCUUCACGCUGUUAGUAGGACCUCAAGAACCUAGGGAUGAGUCUUGGCACGUCUGGUGAUCAAUAAAACUCAAUACAGGAAAGAUAA